CUGACAGGGACCAAAGGGGAGUUCUCCAUGCGCACACCCUUACAAACAUACACACGCAAACUCCUGCUCUCACACAUCGCUUUACUCACAGGCAGGGAUCUUACACACGAAGGACUUUGCAUAAGACAUCAAAACCAGGAUCUGGAUAGCUUCACAUGGCACAUGAUCUGGAAUCCUAAAGUCGGAUAGGAAUCACCUGAACCCAGACUGCAGGCUCAUUUCCAAACUGAUUUCCAUUGCAAAGCCGCAAUCUACUAGUCUUGGACUUGCGUAACCAGCUAUGUCAAAGGAUGAGGAAAUUCAGAGCCCACCUCCAGAGUGGCUGGAAGAAAUCUGAAUGUAAACAUAUAUCGGCCUGGCGGAGACGUCAUCAUGAGAAGGAAGCUCUAGGACACUGGUAGAGUAUUCAAUAUUCAUACAAACCAACCCACAGAAGGCCCUCGUUGUUGACUGAUUACAUGGAUAUACGGUGUGGAUGGACAAGCGCCUUCAUGAGGGAUUUGCCCUCCCCUCCUGCUGCCUGAGGUCAACCCAACACAACACCACCUUGAUAAGUCUGGCUUAGCUGGCCACUUGUUUCAAUGCUCCACGCUGCUCUAAGAUGAGGGUAUGGAAAGAGGUCACCCUCGCCUUCAUCCUCUUUGGUGCCUCGCUUUUCCUCCUGCUUAUGAAAACCACAUCACCUGUUGGGUCCUCCUACCUAGAGGCCUUAGGGAUUUCAUCAGACCCUUCCUCAAACCCACCAGCCACAACAUCAUCCUCAUCUUCACUUUCCUCAACCUCAGCGAGGAAGCCAGCGCCGCGCCGAGCGGUCAGAGCCACGGAGGACAUGGGCUUUCUUCUCUCCGAAUUCUCAUACCUCUUCCAAAGUUUCACUGAGAGCGAGCUGAAGAAGGUGAUUGCGACCCUGGUGGACCGCAAGGAGAGGAGGAUCAGAGCAGAGACGGGACGGAGAACCAAACGAGAGCGGAAGGACCCGAAGCCGUGCUCUCUACACGAGAUCGAGGUCAGGGUGAGCGAGCUUGGGCUUGGGUACGGGAGCGACGAAACUGUGCGCUUCAGGUACUGCAGCGGGAAGUGCAUCCACGAACGACGCAAUUAUGACAUCGUAAUGGAGAAGAUGCAGUUAUAUAAAAGCUCCAGUGAGAAAGGACGGCAAGGACGGGAUAAUGGGAAAAAAGACAAGGCGCGAUACGCCCCGUGUUGUCGCCCUACGAAGUUCGAGAAGAAGAUGUCUUUCUUUGACAAGGACAAAUUCUACACCAUCCAGAAUGUCUCUGCGAGAGCAUGCGGUUGCGUAUGACAUUCCGGGAAAUAUGGCAAAAGAGAAUGUUUCAGAAUUCCGUGGUAACCAUAGGAGCUUUGGAACACGCAGAAAUCAUGGAACUAUUCGAGAACGUAUAGGGCACAUUGCUAUUUCGAAAAAGAUGCUGGGAGGGACCCACAAUGCCUCCAUGGAAAGAAUGAAAGCUACAGAAAAGUGAAACACAAAACAUAAAAGACAAGGCCUGAAUUGUCUAAAGCCUUGGCAACUAUUGGAUUUUUUUGCUUCUGCCUUUUCAGUGGUUACUGGCACUUUUGAUUAGCACAGGGUACUGGAAUUUAACCAAAGGUGGAUCGCUGGUUUAAUUCAAUGGGACCAAAAGCUGGCAGGAGACUCCUUUCGCUUUCCACUGGAGAACUUCUGCAGAAGAACAAGUUCAGAUACAGUAGUAUUUAACCAAAGAUAUAUCUAAAUAUAUAUUUACGUAGAGGGCUACAGAGACAACUGUAUGCUGCUCGCUUUUGUUACGAAUCUGAAUACUGAAGUAUGAAGUGCAACGCAGCUGUGAAAACUACCUCAUUUCUUUCUUGGUUUCUUUAUUGUUUGUUUCCUUGGAAGAAUGUACAUGCAAUGAAUCUUGUUCUACCGCACCCACUUCCUGGGAUUACGCUAGUCACAAAUAUGAAUCAAAUGUAUACAAGAGAAAUGCUUCUCGACCGAAAGGAUAUUAUCUAAAACAACACUGUCACUUGAAACGUAUAUGCACACUAUAUCAAACCCCUGGAUUUGACCUUAAAGCCUUGCCAAGGCAUGUCUGAUCAAAUCCAAGUUUCUCUCAUCUUUGCGACAAUUUAUACCCAGAUAUUUAAGUUUAAUAGGAAUAUAGGCUAUCCAACUCGAAAGACCAAAAAGGACAGAUGUUUCCUCAAAGUUGUCGUCCUUAAAAUACCUUAAGUUCAUUUUUCUCAUUGCCACAUUCCGGUUUAAAAGUCUUUUAGACAAUGAGAUACAUUGUAUUUUGGAAACUAAUUCCAGGUUUAGUCUUUCUCAGCAGCGAAUAUUUACAUUUAUUAUCUUUGAACACAUUUAUGGACAUGCAAUUGUAACAUUUAUUUACAAAGAUGGAAUAAUAUACUACUAAAAAUAAAGGUUCUUCGAUGGUUGUUUGAAGCACUUUACAUUAAACAAAGAUCUGUCCUCCUAAGAACCAUUUUCUGCUGUACAAGUGCAUCAAAAAUUCAUAAUAUAAUGCUUUUUGGUUCUAAAGCAACAGUAAAUAGGGUUAAAUCUUAGAAAACAAGAAGAGAGGUUAUUCAAUCUUAAAAUCAAAAAGGCAUAAAUAUAUUUUGCAUAAAGAAAAUUAUGUAUGUAAAAUUAUGUAUGUAUAUAUAUAUUUUUUUUGACAUUGUUCAUGCCAAUUCAUUGCACUCAUUCUCAUUAUAUUAAGGCAAAAAAAUAUGAAAAAUUAAAUGGAAAGAAAAUAUAUUAAUUGUGAACUAUUUGAUAGCAUGUUUUGCCAUCAUUAAUUUAUGUUGAUAAAAAAAAAAUUGCCCACGUCACAUUUCUGCAAUAUAUUAUAUUAAUUCCGCAUAUGCACUUUUUUUUAAAGCUAAACAGUUACUAUUUUGUGCAGCUUAAAUGGUUCUAUGACAUCAUGACAUCAGAAAAUCUCUUGAACCUUUAUUUUUAUAGAGUGCACAUGCUUCACCCCUCCGUUAGAAAAAGUUCUUUAUGUUCUCUUAGUUGCUGGACUAAUUAUGGAGCAUGAAACCGCUCAUAAACACAGUUAACUGAUCGCAGUAUGUGUGAAGAUGAACUGCUGAAGAGUCUAAUGGUGGAGUUGUAAGCAGUUCUAAGCUGUUCAGACGUACAGGAUUAAGCGUUAAGUUUAGCCUUGUUUUUUAAAAGUGUAGCCAGUUUUUUUACUGUUACAUUCCAGUUAAACUCCUGUAUAUAUUACACCAUAUUCCAUGUAAGUCAGAAACACAAAAGGACAAAUCUGGUUUAUAUACAAAGCGUGCUGAACAAUCUGAUAUAGCUGAAUUUGGUCUAAAUCAAAUGAGCCACAAUCCCCAAAUCAGUUCGUAGAGCAUUAAGAUAAUGGCAACAUCUACAACUACGUUUCUUGAGAUUGGUUCAGAUAACUUCUUCAUCCAUGCUGUUCUUUGCAACUGAAAAAUACUGUGGUCUAAUUGAGUAACUCUGAAGUAAUUAAGGACAAAACUACAAAUGAGAUUGGAGUCAUGCCAGGAUCCAUCAAGCCCUAAACACGUCUUUCCUUUAAAGCUAAUCAAAUUACUGUAAAAACUAGGCAACAGCUAAUGGAGCAUGCAGUCGUUUUACAUCUCAAUUCAGGUCUCAUUUAUGUAUGUGAUUUGGAAUUUAAAAUGUAAUGUACGUUCUGAAUGACAAUGGAGUUGCCCUGAUGUUGCCACACACCUUCAAACCCAGGGCAAGGACUCAAGUUACUCAAGUUUAAACAAUCAGUACAUCAUGUCCCGAGGAUAUAUCAGCAGUAGACAAGACAACAUGUCUUCAAUUUGUUUUUAGAGAUUUAGGGCACCCUGCCAAUGGUGGAACCCUAGUAAGUGAUUAAACUGCAUCUAAACUUGCUAAUUGGAUACAGAAGGAGAUCGCCCGCUUUGACAAGGCGGUACCAGUGCCGUCAAUGCAAAUAAAAUUAUAUAUAUAUAUAUAUAUUUAUUUAUUUUUCUGGGAGAUUGCAAACAGUGAAUAAAAUGCGUAAAUUAAAUUAACUUGAAGGAAUACUUCACCCAAACAUGAUAAUUUGCUUAAGAUUUUUUCACCCUCAGGCCAUCCAAGAUGUAGAUGAGCUUAUUUGUUUAUUGGAACAGAUUUGGAGAAAUUUUACAUGGUUACAUCACUUGCUCACCAGUGAAUGGGUGCCGUCAGAAUGAGACUGAAGAAAGCAAUACUAUGGAUAGAGGACUCAUAUUUUAGCCAGAAACAAUGGUUAAAGUAAAAAAACAAAACAAAAGAAGGGUCUUAACGUUAGACUUUAACUGAUGGACUGGAGUGGUGUGGAUUAUCAUGAUGUUUGGAAUCUCAUUCUGACGGCACCCAUUCAGAGGAUCCAUUGCUGAGCAAAUGAUGCAAUGCUAUAUUUCUCCAAAACUGACGAAGAAACAAACUCAUCUACAUCUUGGAUGGACUGAGGGUGAGUACAUUUUCAGCAAAAUGUACAUUUUUGAGUAAACUAUUCCUAGAUGUCACCAAGCAUGUAAAAGUGUUUGUCCCCCUCUGAAAAGGCUUAUGCAAAUAAGUUCAGUGACUCUACUUCUGUCCAUUCAUACUGGAGUGGAGUACUUUAGUGUCUGUAUUUGUGUGUACAGUGAGAUGAGGCAGUAUUACAGGUAUGCAAAUGUGUGUGAGUGUGUGUGUGUGUGUGUUGAUGUUGUUACAUUUCCAAUGUCAACUAAUCAUGAUCAGCAUUUGGGAGUGUUGGCUUUUUCACACCAAGAGCAGAAAUGUCGAUGCAAUGCAUCUGUAUUGUGGAUAAAUGGUAUUUAUUGCAAAAUGCUUGUCAUUUAUUUUUAGAUAUUUCAGGAGGGAGAUGUAUUUAUUACUUUACACUUGUGCCAAAUGGAAUUUCUAAAGUCGGCUGAAUAAAGAUACCCAGCUUACAACAAAA